AUGAAAAAUUAUUUAUUUCAACCAAUGUAAUCUAGUGGAAGAGGCAGCCUAUAAGACAAUCCAUAUUCUAUGGAUUUUAAACCAAAAAAGAAUAAUAAUAAAAUUAUUAAGACUGAGAGCAUCACUACAGCUGCCAAAAAUCCAAAAUAAGACCUAUUAGAGUAUUUUAAAAAAGAGAGAAAUACUAUUAAUUAGGUAACAAAUAAUAUCAAAUCAUAAUUACAACAAAGUAGAAGCAUUGACAAUUUAAAUAGUUAGAAAAGUGAACGUCAAAAAAUAUCAAAUGUAUUUUAUCUUUUUGUAAUUUAGCGUAUACAAACAGAGGAAGCUAAUUCAAAUAAGAAACCACUUUUAAAAGGUAAGAAUUUUUCACUUGCUACUCUGCAGACAGAAUAAAAAUAAUCAAAAACUAAUCUUAAAAAUAAUUAGAUUAGUUAAAUCCCUUAAAAUAAAUUACUCAAAUCUACUGUAGAUUAAUAUUUUCAAGAUCUUUAAAUGAAGAGUGCAAAGGAAUAAAAAAAUAUUCAACAAUUUGAUAGUUAACAAUAAUUUACCAUUAGACAAAAUAAAUAAUCUUUAUAAUAGGAUUCACAUACAUUAAAAAACUCAAUUGAAUAGAUUCUAAGUAAAAAUAAGAAUUAAUUUCAUAAAAAUAAUAAUGAACUUCAAUCCAAUAAUCAAUCACAUUAAUAAAAGAAUUUUUAGGAUGAAUCUAAUCAUUAUGAUUCAUAAAAAUAGUUAAAGAUAAUUUUAGUUUAUAAAGGCUAAAAGUAAUAUUGUAUUUUUAAUUUAUUAGAUAUCACUAUUAUUAUAAUUACAAAGGUUAGACUACUGACAAUUUAUAUAAUUAUUUGAUUCAAUAAAUUGCUUGUAUUGAAAAGUCAUUCAUGAAAUAAGGAGGAGGAACAGGAUCAACAGAAGAAAUCUAAAUCUAAGAAGGUUUAAUUUAAAAAUAUUUAUAGAAAUCAAUAAAAUAUGUUAAUUUUAUACUACUUAAAAAAUAAUUCCUUAUGAUUAUUAUUUAAGUUUACCUAAUUUAUCUUUAAAUAUAUUUUAAGGUGUAACUCUUCAAUUGCAACCAUUAAUUUCAUAAACUAUUUAUGGUAAAAAGGUAUCAUUGAGAGAUUUCACAUUGGUAAAGUGUAUAGGAGUUGGAGGUUUUUCAAGAGUAUAUUUAGUAAGAAAAAGAGAUGAUGGUAAAUUUUAUGCUUUAAAAUUGAUUGAUAAGAAUUUUAUUAUGGAAAACUAAAAAGAAGUUAUAGUUUAAAAUGAAAGGGAUAUUAUGGUUAAUAUGAAUAGUGAAUUUAUUACUCCUUUACAUUUUGCAUUUGAAACCAAAUAUUAUAUAGCAUUUGUUUUAGAUUAUUGUGCAGGAGGUGAACUAUUCUAUCAUCUAAGAAAAUUGAAGAGAUUAACUGAAGAAGAUGCAAAAUAUUAUUUUGUUGAAAUAUGUAUAGGAAUGGCAUAUUUACAUUCAAAAAAUAUAGUUUAUAGAGAUAUUAAACCAGAAAAUAUUCUUUUAGAUUUAAAAGGACAUUUAUUAUUGAGUGAUUUUGGAUUAAGCAAACCAAAUAUGUCAAAUGAAGAUUAUGCUUACUCCUUUUGUGGUUCUCCAGAAUAUAUGGCCCCUGAAAUGCUAUUAAAAAGUGGACAUAAUUAUUUGGUUGAUUGUUAUUGCUUAGGUGCUCUACUCUAUGAAUUAGUAACAGGGUUACCUCCCUUCUAUUCACAUAAUACUUAAGAAAUCUACAAUUCCAUCUUAUCUGAAUAGGUAUAAUUCCCACCUUAUGUUCAAAUUACAGAUUUAUUAAAGGAUUUAAUUUGUUAGCUCUUGGAGAAGGAUCCAUAAGAAAGAUUAGGAUAAUAAUAAGGUAUAGUAGAAAUCUUGAGUCAUCCUUGGUUUGCUGAUAUUAACAUUGAAGCUAUAGCAAAUAGAUAAAUUUAACCACCUUAUAAACCAGAUCCUUUAAGAUACAAUUUUGAUGAGGAAGAAUUUAAUAAAGGUGAUACUGAAUUUAGAAAAUAAUAUGGAAUUAAUCUUUAAAAAGAAUAUGUGGUAUAAUUCUCAAUCAAAUUAGAAUACCGAUAAUAAUCCAAAUUUAAUUCUAAGAAACUUUUACUUUUCCAGAGAAGAUUUGCCUUAAAAUCUUUAACAUAAACCUUAUAGAUCUAAUCAUGUCAAUUUAGUUUAACUUAAAAUAGAAAAUGUUCCAAAUUGUGAUAUAAAUUCACCUGAUAGACAUAGAGUAUUAUUAAAUUUUAUUAAUAUUAAUUAGUAAAUAUCUCCAUCUGAGAAUAGAAGAAUGCCUAAAUAUUCAGGUAAAUCAGUAGUUACAGAUCUCUUAAAAAGGAAUGAAUUAUCUAAUAAAUCUGCUUCAUUAAUUUAGUCAUCUAAGAUUACUCAUGCAUAUUCUAAAACUAUGUAAUAAUAGAAUUAAAAUGCUGAAAUUAAAGUAAAUCUAAAACUAAAUUUUAGGCACUCAAACAAAUAUUAGAAUCUUAAAAAGGUUAAAUGAGUACUGAAAGAACUGCUACUAUGCCUGAUUAAAAUAUUAAUAAAAAUGAUAACAAUAGAAUAAAAACUGAAUAAUUCGCUUAAAUGUUGUAUCCUAAAACUACAACUAAUUAUUAGUUUCAUAAAAAUCCUAAUUUAUAAAAAUUAUUUGGAUCUGAAAAAAGAUAAAAAUGA